GAAAUAUCUGAAUUAAAAGACAACAGGUAGGGGACGCAGUGAAGGCAGAGGGAGGCAGGAGGGCCAAUAGCCUGGGCCAAGGGAAUCGGUACAAUCUGGCCCGUGUUUGCCCAGGAUAAUGCGCCUUUCCAAAGCCCUCAUAGACAUGGAGAUGGCAGAUUACAGCGCAGCGCUAGACCCGGCGUACACCACCCUGGAGUUUGAGAACAUGCAGGUGCUGGCGAUGGGCAAUGCAGACACAUCUCCAUCAGAAGCAGCCAGCCUCAGCAGCUCCAGCAGCCUUGGGGUGAGCACGCUGUGUGCCAUCUGCGGGGACCGCGCCACCGGCAAGCACUACGGCGCCUCCAGCUGCGAUGGCUGCAAAGGCUUCUUCAGGAGGAGCGUCAGGAAGAACCACAUGUACUCCUGCAGGUUUAACAGGCAGUGUGUGGUAGACAAAGACAAGAGGAACCAGUGCCGGUACUGCAGGCUGAAGAAGUGCUUCCGAGCAGGGAUGAAGAAGGAAGCUGUACAGAAUGAACGGGACCGAAUCAGCACCCGCAGAUCAAGUUACGAGGACAGCAGCCUGCCCUCCAUCAAUGCCCUCCUGCAUGCAGAAGCCCUGGCACAGCAGAUAUCAUCCCCUGUUCCUGUGCUCAACGGAGACAUCCGAGGGAAGAAGAUUGCCAAUAUUUCUGACGUGUGUGAGUCCAUGAAGCAGCAGCUGCUGGUGCUGGUGGAGUGGGCCAAGUACAUCCCCCCCUUCUGUGAGCUGCCCCUGGAUGACCAGGUAGCACUGCUACGUGCACACGCAGGGGAGCAUCUGUUACUGGGAGUUGCCAAGAGGUCCAUGGUGUUCAAGGAUGUCUUGCUGCUAGGCAAUGAUCACAUCAUCCCACGGAACUGCCCCGAGCUGGUGGAGGUGAACCGUGUGGCCAUCCGCAUCCUGGACGAGCUGGUGCUGCCCUUCCAGGAGCUGCAGAUAGAUGACAAUGAAUAUGCCUGCCUGAAAGCCAUCAUCUUCUUUGACCCAGAUGCCAAGGGGCUGAGUGACCCGUCCAAGAUCAAGAGGAUGCGGUACCAGGUGCAGGUGAGCCUGGAGGAUUACAUCAAUGACCGGCAGUACGACUCGCGGGGCCGCUUCGGGGAGCUGCUGCUGCUGCUGCCCGUGCUGCAGAGCAUCACCUGGCAGAUGAUCGAGCAGAUCCAGUUCGUCAAGCUCUUUGGCAUGGCCAAGAUUGACAACCUGCUGCAGGAGAUGCUGCUGGGAGGUUCAUCAAGCGAAACGCCGCACACCCACCACCACCUGCACCCUCACCUGAUCCAGGAGAACCUGGGAACAAACGUCAUUGUGGCCAACACAAUGCCUCCUCAGAUGCACAACGGGCAGAUGUCUACUCCAGAAACUCCACAGCCCUCUCCACCCGCGGGCUCAGGAUCAGAGCAGUACAAGCUGCUGCCUGGAGCCAUUGCAACCGUGGCCAAGCAGCCCACGUCCAUCCCACAGCCUGCCAUCACAAAACAGGAGGUCAUCUAGCAAACCCCACCCAGCCAGCCUCCUUCAGAGCACCGUGUGGGAGAAAAGCCCAAAUUGACUCUGCCACUGUGAAAAGAGAAGCCACCCAGAGGGCCCUGGGCACGGACACACGGACUUGCUUUUUGGACUGACCACCACCAGAAGGUGUCUUCCUGCAGCUACGGACAGCACGUGCCAUGGGCAGCCCCAGAGUCCCAGAACUAAGGCUGAAGCCUUACCAAAACCCUCAGUCCUUGUAAGGAAGGCCAGAUUCCUGCCUCCCUCUGCGGGGAGGUGGCAGUGCCUGCCUGGGGACAGGCUGUGCCCCACUGCCACCUCAGCACUGGUUCAGCCACAGCAGACCCUGUGAAUGAGAAUUCCCUGUGCCGUGGGAGUGGAGGGCUUCCCUCCCACAGCCAUGCCAGCCCCCUGACAGUCCCCAGCCCAGCCAGACUUGGUGGAGGUGGACGCUCCCCCAGGAGCAGCACAGCAGGUAAAGCACAUGGGGUUUGCCCAGGCAGCACUGCCAGAACUGCUCCUCAGCCUUGGCUAGUCCCAGGUCUUUGCAUGGUGUCACCCACCAGCACACUAAGCCCCCCAGCCAGACCUAACAAAUCUUUUCAGCUGAUGCUGGGGCAAAGUCUGGCCCACCAAGAUACUCCACUAUUUGGAUCCCUCUGCCUCUUGAGGGGUUUUGAUAUUUCUGUGCCCUGCCUGCCCUCUGACCACAAUGCUCAGAGAGGCAACCACUGCCAAUCUUCCCUUGCAGCACUCACUGCCUCCUGGCAAUCAGAGGGACCAUGGGAUUCCAGAGAUUUCAGCUAAUGGAAGGGGUUCACCCCUUUACAGGCUGGCAUCACUGCCCAAAUAUCACUGUCCCAACAACUGCUUGUCAGCAGUCAGAAUAACACUGGAUGCCUGUUUGGAAGGAAGUAGGGGACAGAUGUAGGAAGGAGAAAGACCUAUGGGGUGAGAAGAGCUUGAGCCUCACAGGUUGGACCAAGUUGUUGGGCUUUCUGAGUGCUGGGAGCAUUGUGACCCAGGAUCUCAGUACAGACUCAACUUAAUGCUAAGAUAUGCCACACAAUCCACUUCUCUAGUGCAGUGCCACUCCUUCAGCUUAGAGUGAGUGGCUGAUAAGAGAUUUAUAGUUCUUCAUAACAUGAUAAGAAUUCGUUAUGACUCCUUCAGACCUCAGAGUGUUUGAGAGCACCAACCUCAAAAAUAAAAUUCUUGGGGUCCUGCAGAGAAAAGCCACAGAGGUCAAGCAAUAACCCUGUCUCACCCAAGCCCCUUGGGUCUGCCCCAGCCUUGGGUGUGCCCCCCCUGCUCUGCUCCCUCCUGCCCCUGCUCCUCUGUGCCUGCCUGUGCCAAAACCCUGCGGAUCUGACCUUUGGUUUACAGCUGAAAGCAGGAAAGGAGCCCUCCUGCUGCAGGUGCCAGCAGGGCUGGAGCUCCCAGAGCCCUGCACCACAGCACGUCUGAGUCCCUGCUGGCCUCUCAGGAGGAUGAGGAUGGUGGCCCCAUGGCUGCCAAGAGGUCUCUGGUGGGGACAAACCUGGGCCAGCUCAGCCAGAGGAGCUGCAGGUCUGUCCCUUGAUUUCCAAUGCAAAAUGAAACCCCUCGUGCUGGCGGUGUCAGAGGUGUUGCAUGGUCCCAGUGCUGGUGGCAUCGUACCAAGUAAUUUAUUGCAAUGAUGAAUCCAAUCAUUUUCUGUAAAUUAUUUUGUAAAUCACAUUGAUUAUUUAUAAUUGGGAGAUUAAAUACAAAAAAAAAACCACCCAACCCUGUAAUAACCAGGCUGUCUUUUCCAACUGCAGCAACCUUUUUUCCUGUACGUAGACAUACUUUGUGGGGAAUCCUUUUUGGUCCAUUUGCACCAAGUAUUCCUCGAUAUUGUACAUUAAUUUUUGCUGGUUUCUGCCUUCCAAUGGAAACAGAAGAAUAUUUCUUCACAAGAGUUUGUAUUCAUAAAAACAAGGAAAAAAAGAGAAAAAUAAAUGCAAAAAUAUUUUCUAA